UGUAAGGUUCGCAUGGUAUUGUGGUAAAAUGUACAGCCGUCAUGUUUUUUCCUACGGUGAUUGGCCAAUUAUAAUGGAGGUUGUUUGUCACGUGACAAUUUUAAAUCAUGCCCGGGAAGAUCUGGGACGAUCAAACAGAUUUGAACGAAUUUCGACUUUUUAUGGCCAUCGUUACCAAUUCUAUUCUAAAAUUUGCUGUUUUUUCGGAAAGAAACUCAAUCUAAAGGGCUAUUGUUAUCUUUUAACGCAUAAUGGCAGCUUCAGGUUGUGAAGCGUUUCCAUCUAGCGGGUCCGGUUUGAUAGAAGACGAGAAAUUCGACUUUGACAUACCAGUCUCUCCGAAUGAUUGUGGCGAGAGAGAGAUCUGCAGCAAUGAUUUAGAGGAUGAAGAUGAGGUAUUCUUUGGCCCAGUCGGCCACAGAGAAAGAUGUGUUAACAGUGGUCUCCUAAGUGACGAGAAUUUCAAACCUAUGAGUCCACUCAACAGUGAACAAAUUGCUGAACUUUUUAAGGAAGCAACUGCAGUAUCAAUAUUUAUCAAAAGCUCCUCUUUGAAUCAGAGUCUUGGAAGUGAAGACAUGAUGACUGAUCAAAGGGAAAACAAGGAAAUUUGCAAAAUUUUAUCAAAAACAUUCAGUGUUGAUGAAGAUCAGGAGAACACGUUAAUGAAACCAGGUCAAGAAAAUGGCCCAAGAACUGCAAAAUCAGAAUCUUCUCCCGAGUCAGUAGACAGCAUUUCACCACAGCCAGCAGAAUUGUCAGAUGACAUGGUUAUUCCAAGCACGCCAAGACGCAUCUUGCAAGAGAAGAAUUCCCAGGAUGCAGGGUUUCAAUCACCAUUCAAAGCAAGAAAAGCACGCCCACUGCAGAAUGUUUCCAAGUUUACACGUUCCAAGCUUCCUAAGACACAAAUGACAUUGAAGACGCGUAGCUGUUUUAAUUCUCCUAUAAAAGUGGAACAUCUCUAUGGAAUAGCAGCAGAUAUCAAGGUUGAUGAGGCCACAUCUUUCAAGACCUCAAAGGGAGCAAGCAAAAGUAACAAUGUUGGAGGUUCCAGUAAAGUUGAAUCAUCACUUACAGAGGCAUCAAAGUUACCACUUCCUUCUCAAAGUGGAAUAAGACCUCCAGGGUUUGGUGUCCAGCCUCGUCGACGCCGGACCAGCUCCACAUCGUCUGUGUCCUCGACUUCAAGUGCUUUAUCGUAUCAAUCAAAUGAUCUGAAUGAGACUUUUGUCAUUACAAAGGGUUCAUCCUCUGACAUCCCAUCUAUUCCAAAUGUCUGCCCUCGUAAAGUGCCAACCACUAAGGCCAGUUUGAAACCUGUAAACGGGACUAAUGCAUUGUCAAAACCAACAUUUACCAAGCCCAAAGGGCGACCCCAGCCUGUUAAGGCACUUGCACCGCCAGGGAUUAGCAAAAAAGCACCUCGGACACCCAGUGACCCUUAUAAAUCUAGUAAGGUGUUAAGGAGCACCCCUGGGCGUCGACUGAGUGGCAUAUCCACAGAGCAGGGGGUCAGUAGACCCCAGACACCUAGUAAUAUUCAGCGAUCAAAGUCAUUUACCACCCCUGUGAAGCCAAGUACUGCAACUGGGAAAAGAAGCAGUUUUUCAACAGGGCAACCGGUUAAAUGUGUACAAACCCCAACCAGAGCAAAAAAAUCUGAAGUGCCAGUAACUCCUAGAAGGAGAGGAAGUGCCACACCAAAGGAUAGCACCAAGAUGGUUCCCACACCUGUGCGCAGACGUAGCAGUGUUGCAAAUAAGACAGAACCUGCUGAAGGAAAGAAUGCUCCCAGACCUGCCACUCCUGAAAAUUUGACCAGUAUGUCCAGUGAGACCAUAACCCCACCUAAUCCAGUUCCUAGCAAAGUUUUGAAAAGAAAGUCACUGAGUGCAAGUGGACAGAAACGACGUUCUCUUCUCCCUACCCCUCUGGGUAGCAGAAUAACUAGAUCCCAGUCCCAAAGGUCUAGACAAACAAGUGUCAACUGUGAGGUUAAAGGUGCCCUUCCUUUCAAUUUAUCACCAUCUGCUGAGAUCAAGCCAAAGACUGCUGCAGCAUCCACGUCACAAGCUGAUAUCACUCUUGAGCAAUCAUGCCCAAGCUUGAGAUUCUCAGAUCCAUUUUCUCCUGCUAGCCAGACUGUUACUGUUGAUCCAAUUGAGAAUUAUGGCACUGGUGAUUCAGUUGUAAGAAACCUUAUCGAGUUGUCACCCAUGCCUGCUGAGGGGACUCUAAUAGACAUCUGAAACCUACAUUGAAUACAUGUAGCUCAGUGGUGGAGAGGCUGUUGCUGAAAGAAUAAACUCCAAAAUUUAUCACAAUAAUACAGGGAAAAACCCCAUUGUUAUUUCAAUGAUUGUAAAAAAAUACUGUAUAUGAAAGUGUUACACAGUGUUAUGUGGGUAAUUUUUUAAGGUCUAAGAAGUGGACUUUCCCUCUAGAGAAAUAUUUUUGAGAUAUCACGCAUUUCCAGGGCUUGAAAAUAGUGCUCUCUGGUUGUGUGGGACAAACACAAACAUGUAGCUUUUCCUGCUAGGCAAGUAACGUUUAAUUCUCACUUGCCCAAUGGGCAAGGACCCAGGCAAGUUGUCUUUCAACUAAAUAAAAAAGUGAACUGAGACUUGCCCAGGGCAAGCAAAAUUUGAGAGCGGCUUGUCCGAAGGGCAAGCAAGAAUUCAAGUUUUUUUUGAGCCUUGAUUUUCUUACAUGUAUGUAGUUGUUAUCACUUAGCGAUGACAUUCAGAAACAAUAGCACAAAAAUUAAAAUUUAUAUAUGUAAUUACUGUUAGUAAUAAUAUUGUUUGAAGUGUAACAAUUACGCAAUAUUUAGAGCGUGUUUCUGUAUUUACAUAACCACAUCUAAACACAGGGGGAGUUUGGGAAAAUUCAAGACAGCUAUGCAAACCCAAGAUCCAGUCUAGAGUUUGCAUAACUUUUAAGAAUUCUCUCAACCCCCACGUGUUUAGAUGAGCUAUGUAAACAUGGAAAAGUACUCUUACUAUUGCUGUUAUAAAAUUAAUAUUAAUUUCUCUAAAAUACUUGCAAAUCUAAAACGUCACAACUGUGUUUACAUACUCUCAUCUUAACUCACCUAUCGACCAAUGAGACUGUGUGUAUUAUCUCAUGUAUUUUAUAAAUCAUGCUAAUGCCAUCAGACUGCAAAACAGUCUACUUUCAUAUUUUAUUGUGUGGAUGUGGGAAGAGAGGUAGCCUGGAGUAUAGUUGUGUGGAAAAAGUGACUAUGCCUGAUGUUGGCAACCUUAUUCAUAGGGUCUUCUCCCCCUUCCCUUCCACUGCCUCUUAUCCCAGGGGUUUCCCUUUCCUUCUCCCACUUCAAGAGGUUCGCUCUCCCCCUCCUCUCUCAUUCCAGGAGAAGUGAAGAUGUAAGACCCUUACCCAGUAAUCUUGGGGCUAGUGCAAAUGACUUUCAGGCUAGUGCACCAUACAUUGUAGUUUGCAUCCUGACUAGGCUUAACUCAAACCCGUAUUCAAUGCAACUGUCUGCAAGGCCUGCAUAUGUGACCUUUGGUUGAUCUGAGCACAAUUUAGCCUGUUGAUUGUCUUUUUAAGCUCACAAAGAAGUUGUCAAUUCUAAUAAUAUCACUAGCAUUCCUUGCCUUUAUUUAACAAAUAAAGAAGCCUAAGCCGUGUACUACACUGAUAAAACACAACAGGUAUUUGAGAACACGAGGGAAAUGUAGAAAACACAAGCUGCAGGUGAGUGGUUUCUAUAUUUCUUGAGUGUUCUCAAAUGUAAGGAGUGUUUUAUCACAAUGUAAUACACGGCUUAAGCUUCUUCAUUUGCUUUAUGAUAUAGAUUUCACACGCCGCGAAUAGAAACAGCAAAGCACACAGAUUGACAAACUGAUCCGAUUUACUACCACUAAAGUUCAAUGGCCAUCUCUAACAAAAUGUUGGCUAGAAGUAAUGUGGUGAAAAACAAUAAAACAUAAUUUUUGUAUGUUUUAUACUCUGAUAAAACACAGGUUUUUGACCAAUCAGAGGGUGCGCAGGGUCCUAUCUAUAUUAUAAUGUAAAAUAUAAAUCAGGAUGGGGAGGGAAUAGGUACCAUUCUAGAAUAUACUGUGAAAUUUCUUUAUCUAGCUUUCAUUGGCAUGUUAGUGGUCAUGGAUAUUAGGAAAUGAAUAUUGUUGAUGCACUUUGCUUAUUGUGGUGGCCAUUUUGAACUUUAAAUGUGUGGUCAGCUAGUGCAAUGUGUCUGUAAUGUUAUUUCUUUUCUAAAUUAUCUGAUCUGAUGGCUAUCAAGUUUGAGGUUACUGGUAUUUCGCAUCUGUCUGUGAGAUUAAAUAGCGAGAAAAUGCUG